GCCCCCGGUUUCACUUUUAAUUGUGCCCCAACAAUAAAGAACAAAUUGGUGAGGAGUUUUCUUCCAGCUUCAAGACGGAAUAAGUCUUGGAUAAGAUGACCGAAUUUAAUUGUAACUAUUGUACAAAUAUUGUCCAGGACUAAUACAUUUGAGGACAAAAGGCAUAAGAAGAAACUUUUAUCAAUUGUAAUUCCAUCCAAGUUCAGGAGAUAAAAUGAGCUAGGUUAAUAAUGAGAUUCCACACUCAUAACCAGCAGGUGGUGGUAAUGGCAUCUAAAGUUGUAUGACAACUGCCAUUAUAAAUCAAGAAGAAGAGGAAGUAGGAAGAAGAGCAUAAAGAAAAGUAAAAUCAUUCAUAACAUAAAUUGAAGGGAGCAAGUCAUCUUUCUUCACACAUCUAUGAACAGGGCAAUCUUAACCACACAUUAAAGGGAAACAUAAUACAGGUUUGUGUGAUGUUUGUUUAAUAGAGGAGACAGUGGAGCAUGUUUUGAUGGCAAUAUAAUGCAUAUGAAAUAGAAAGGAAGAGUCCUUAAGGAAGAAUUUAUUAGGAUUAGUGGAAUAAAUCAUUGGAUUUAGGGAAUACGUGAGAAAUACAGUUCAGGUGGUGGCAUCCGAAGAAGAAGGAAGAAGCUCAAAAGAAGAAGAUCACUGUAAUCUUUUUGGAGAAAAAUGGACAGCACUUCUAAAAUGAGUUUCCAUGACAGCAGAGAGGAGGGUGAUGUUGUUGACUUCCAGAACCAGAGAUCAGGAUCUCCAGAGCCUAGCUGUGUGCCUAUGAAGAGUGAUGAAUCCAUGACAGCCCCUCUUAAGUUCAGUGAUGGAGCAGUAGCCCCUGAUCCUGUAGAUAAUCAGACUGGAGACCUGCAGUCUGAUUCUCACCAACCAGUAUAUGAUGAACUACAGAGAGUCAAAGACCACCACAAAACCAGCAUGAAAAAUAAGUAUGAGAGCUUAUUAAAUGGCCUCAAACUACAAGAGAAUCAAACCUUCCUGAAAAGGUUCUAUACACAGCCUUACAUCAUAGAGGAUGAGAGUGAAGCAGUGAAUGAAGAACAUGAGGUUUUACACAUGGAGAGAACAGCCAGAACACAACACUCACAAGACAAUGCAAUCUACUGCAAUGACAUCUUCAAAACUUCACUUGAGCCAGAAUGUGAAGAGAAAGACAAAAUCAAGGCUGUUCUUACUAAAGGCAUUGCUGGAAUUGGAAAAACCGUCUCUGUUGCGAAGUUCGUUCUGGACUGGGCCGAGGGAAAAGCCAAUCAUGAUGUAGAUUUCAUGUUUGUUCUUCCAUUUCGAGAGCUGAACUUGAUAAGAGAUCAUCAGUACAGUCUUGACAAACUUCUGUUGGACUUUCAUCCUGAACUUAAAGAUCUGGACUCAAAGAUUUAUGAGGAGUGCAAAGUUGUGUUCAUCUUUGAUGGUCUGGAUGAAAGCAGAAUUACACUAAUGUUUUCAGACAGUGCGAAAGUUUCUGAUGUGACCGAAUCUUCAUCAGUGGGUGUGUUGAUAUCAAACCUCAUUAAAGGAGAGCUGCUUCCCUCCUCUCUUAUCUGGAUCACCUCCAGACCAGCAGCAGCCAAUCAGAUCCCUUCCAGAUAUAUCAACCGUGUGACAGAAAUUCAGGGAUUCGAUGAGCCUCAGAAGGAGGAAUAUUUCAGGAAGAGAAUAAGUGAUGAGCAACAAGCCAACAAAUUCAUCUCACAUAUCAGAAGAGCAAGAAGCCUCCACAUCAUGUGCCACAUACCUGUCUACUGCUGGAUCUCGUCUACUGUGUUUCAAAACAUCCUGAAACAAGAUGACGGUACAGAAAUCCCUCAAACUCUGACUGAAAUGUAUAUCCACUUCCUGCUUAUUCAGCUCAACAUGAGGAAUCAGAAGUAUGAAGAGAGAAAUCCAGAAAAACUCAUGCAGUCUAACAGAGAAAUGAUUGUAAAACUUGGUGAACUGGCUUUCAAACAGCUGAUGAAGGGCAAUGUCAUGUUCUAUGAGGAGGACCUGAGAGAGAGUGGCAUAGAUGUCACUGACACCUCUGUGUAUUUUGGGAUUUGCACUGAGAUCUUUAAGGAGGAAUCUGUGAUUCAUCAGAAGAAAGUUUACAACUUCAUACAUUUAAGCUUUCAGGAGUUUCUCGCUGCUUUCUUUGUGUUUUACUCUUAUCUGAUGAAAAACAUGGACCCAUUGCAGUGUUUUCUGGAUGAUAAAUACAAGAAGUACAGAUCUAAGAAAAACAGAACUAAGAAAAUCUCACAGUAUGAACUACUGAAAUUAGCAGUUGAUAAAACCCUUUGGAGUAAAAACGGACACCUGGAUGUGUUCCUGCGGUUCCUUCUGGGCAUCACAGUGGAGUCCAAUCAGAGACUCUUACAGGAUCUACUAACAAACACAGAGAACAACUUCAAGCUCGUCAAGGCAUUUGCACGGCACAUUAAAGACACAAUCAAGGGAUGUUUCAACAUUUCAUCUGACAAAUCCAUUAAUCUGUUCCUCUGUUUGCUUGAAAUGAAUGAUCAGACUCUGUACACAGAGAUUCAGGAGUUUUUGAAAUCAGACAAAGAGUUGUAUCUCUCUCCUUCUCUUUGCUCAGCAAUAGCCUACAUGAUUCAGAUGUCAGAGGAUGUGCUGGAUGAGUUUGAUCCCAUGAAAUACAACAUAACACAGGAGGAUAGAUGGAGACUAAUACCAGCUGUGAUAAACUGCAGAAAAGCUCUACUUGCUGGAUGUCGUCUCUCUGAUCUGCAUUGUGAAAGUUUGUCUUCAGCUCUACAAUCAAACUCCCAUCUCAGAGACCUCAACCUGAGUUUCAAUGACCUGCAGGAUUCAGGAGUUAAGAUGCUCUCUGUUGGGAUGAAGAGUUCACUCUGUCAACUGAAUAUACUAAGACUUGUUGGAUGUUGUCUGUCUGAUCAGAGCUGUGAAAGUUUGUCUUCAGUUCUUCAAUCAUCAAACUCCAAUCUCAGAGAGCUCGACCUGAGUAACAAUUGCCUGCAUGAUUCAGGAGUGAAGCUGCUUUCUACUGGACUUAAAAGUUCACACUGUCAACUGAACAUACUGAGAUUGGUCUUCUGUAAUCUCACUGAUCAGUGCUGUGAAAGUUUGUCUUCAGCUUUACAAUCUUCAAAUGCGUGCUUGAGAGAGCUGGACCUGAGUAACAAUGACUUGCAGGAUUCAGGAGUGAAGUUACUCUCUGCUGGACUGAAGAGUUCACACUGUCAACUGAACAUACUGAGAUUGUCUGGCUGUAUGGUGACAGAGGAAGGCUGCCGUUAUGUGUCUUCAGCUCUGAAUUCAAACCCUUCACUCCUGAGAGAGCUGGAUCUGAGCUACAAUCACCCAGGAGAGUCAGGAGUCAAGCUGCUCACUGAUACACUGAACCAUCCAAACUGUACACUGAAGAAACUCAAUGUGGAACAUGGAGGAGAGUUCAGGAUUACCACAAGACUACACAAAUAUGCCUGUGAUCUCACACUGGAUCCAAACACAGCACAUAAUAAUCUCAUUCUGUCUGAAGAAUACAGAAAGGUGACAUAUGUGGAAGAGUGUCAGUCAUACCCUGAUCAUCCAGAGAGAUUUGAUAAGCGUCCCCAUGUUCUGUGUAGAGAGAGUCUGUCUGGACGCUGUUACUGGGAGGCUGAAUGGAGUGGAUGUGCUGAUAUAUCAGUGGUAUAUAAAGGAAUCGGCAGGAAAGGAAAGUGUGAAGACACUGUGUAUGGAUUCAAUAAGAACUCUUGGUGUCUAGUCUGCCGUGAUGAUGACACAUUCGUUGUCUGGCACAGUCAUAAUUGCACUGACACACAUGUCCCUUUAAGCUCCUGUAAGAGAGCAGGAGUGUAUUUGGAUGUGUCGGCCGGCACUCUGUCCUUCUACAGUGUCUCUGACACACACACACUCACACACAUACACACAUUUACACAUAGCUCAUUCACUGAGCCUCUCUAUGCUGGAUUUGGGUUCUUUGUUCAUCCUUACAAUUCCUCAGUGUCUGUGUGUCAGAUUGAAAAGCCUGUGAGCAACAACACAGAUGUCACACGCACACCUGAAUGAGAGAAAUAUUCUCACUUUAUAUCUAUCCACAUGCAAACACACUAAUUUAAAUGUGUGGCUUGUUUGUCUUUGCACAAAAUCAGAUUUAUCUUUCAAAUAAUAUCUUAAAGAUAGUUUCUUGAAAAAGGAAUCAGUAGUUAUCAAUGUCCAUAUAACUUUAAAGUGCACUUCUUUCACUUUGUUGGAAAUACAGAAUUAAUCAAGCAUUUUUUUUCUUUUCAAUAAAUGUCAGAAAUUUUAGCAUUUCAAAAGAAUUUCGCUCUAUAGAAGAAAUCUUCAAUAUUAUGUUUUCAUGGUGUAAAAAUUGAACAAGACAUUCUGUGUUAGUCAGACCUUUGUUUACACUUAAAGUUGUGUUAGUUGAAAUGAAAUCUAGUUAACUGAAAAAAAUGUGUAUAUAGCUGUCUCUGUACAACAAUCAACAAAAUCAAAGAAACACUAGCUAUGCUUCCAUCAAUGUAUUUUUAUGCAAAUUUUAUGCGAAUCAACAAGUAUAAUUGACCAUCACAUCCUCACAAUACAUCGUUUUGGAAUCGAUUCCUACUUCAAUUCCAUUAUCGAUUCUGAACUAAUAUUUUAGAUUAUUAUUGCAAAAAAAAAAAAAAAAUUGUCAGAGAUCAUGUGUGAUUAGCAGUUUUGGGCAGUAGCAUCACUACAAAUACCGAAGCUUGAACUGACAAUUAAAAGUUGAAUUGUGAAAACUACAAAAUAGAGUGUAAAAUACAAUUCAUUGUUUAAAGGCAUAAUUUUAUCAAAGCACUUGACGUGACGUGAUCCCGACUUCAGAAGAGGAAAGGAAGACACUUCCGAUAGGAUGAUGUUGUGAAGCAGUAAUCUUCCACUGCUUUUGCUUUGAUACAGUAACACUUGUUGGAUUUGUACUUGUCAGAGCAUUGAAACAUAAGCAACUAAGAUUAUUCAAUAAACUCUGCUCAUAUAACUAU